UUACCUUGUUGUAUACAAGUUCACAGGCGUUGUUUUGUUUCUUGGUAGAGUUAUAGACGAAAAAAUAUAUACAAAAUUAAGUUCAAAAUGGGACCCAUAUGUAGAACGUGUGCAAAGGAACUUUUGAAUUGUGAAGACGCUCUAAAAAUAUUUAGCGCAAAACACAGGAAAUUGUUAUUUCAACUCCAAGAUUUAACUGGCAUGAUGCUAAAAAACUGUGAUUUGCCAAAGUUGAUGUGUGCAUCGUGCCACCAAUCGUUGAGCCAGGCUCAUCAAUUUCGCCAAAAGGUUUUGAUGGUACAGGAUUCGUUUGACAAAAACAAGGCUUCAAAGUGCAGAUUCAAAAGGAACUGGAAUAAGAAUGUAGAAGACACAGAAUUUGUGCAAUUGUGCGUAAAAGAGGAAAAGGACGAGUUAGAGGAGUCGGAAAAAGAAAUGAACGAUUCCCUCCAGAUAACCUACAAAGAGGAAAUCACAUGCAAUAAAAAAUUUAUUGCAUCAGAAGUGAAUGCCCUAGAACUUAAUGAGGAAAACAUCCUCGAAGAUAUUAAAAUCUCAAUAUUGCAAGAUACUUGCGAUGAUAGUGAUGUGGGCGUUUGGAGUAAGUCUGUGCCAGCAGAUGAUAAAAGGAGUUUUACCUCAACAACAGAAGAUGAGAAAAGCUUCAAAAGUGACGUCGAGCAUAAACCAACUGCUGUGAUAGAGAAAAGAAUUACAAAAAAGCGAGCAAACAGGAGAAGUUUCUCUAAGAGCAGACAAAAUAUGAGGGAUACAUCGGAAAAGAAAUCCAAAGAGUCAAUUAAGAAGGAAAGCAAAUCUUUUGUUAGGAAUAAAAAGGAAGCUUCUGAUCAUUCAAAUUUAUUUAUUUGUGAUCAGUGUGGAAAUCAUUUUACCUGCAGAAAUCAUUUCAAACUACAUCUUCGGCGACAUACAGGUGAUAAACAAUGUGCUUGCGAAUUGUGUCCAGAUAAGUUUUUCACGAGCUCGGAACUGAGAAGACACAUGAGGAAACAUACUGGCGAAAGGCCUUUCGCUUGUAAAUAUUGUGAACGGCGAUUUACGGACUACAGCACAAGAGUUAAACAUGAACGAACUCAUACCAACGAACGACCUUUUAUCUGUUCCCAAUGCGGAAAAUCGUUCACAACAUCUUAUGUUCUAAAAAAUCAUAUGUUAACCCACACUGGCGAAAGACAUUUUAACCACACCUUGCGUUUUGAGGUGUGGGUAGCGAUUCCUGACCAUCCUCUGGGAAAGCUGGAUUGUUUCGCCAAAUAAAACCAAUCGCAGUAGAUACUCUCCAAGCCUGGUGUCCGUCCGCUAAAAAAUUAAAGUACAAUUAAAGUACAUCGUAAUUUUUUUUUUUACUUGUUUAUUUUCUAAAUAAAAUUAAAAAAAAGCUAUGUCCUUGAGUGUUAAAGAUAGAGCUAAAUAAUGGCAUAUAACAAAUACGGCUUUUAAUUCACUAUAUAGCUAUAAAAGACAAGCCAGGGUCGAAAAGUUAUUGCUGACAUUUUAAGAGAAGUCGAAAAUAAUGUCGAUAAUGUCAAAAUUUGAGGCGAAAGUAUGUUUACUAAUGGUGUCAACAGUAAAAUUCUUAGACAAGCCUGAAAUAUCCUUGAUUUAGAUCAUCUUUCCUGUGAUCCUCUUCGAGUUUUGUCUUAAAAAAUAUUAUAAAGGCCCUUUAUAACUUUAAUUAUUAUAUCCGCAAUCGUUGAAAGGAGAAGCACUUUAUAAAUCGUAAUCAUAGCCAUUAAAGUAUUGUCGCAGAGUGGGGAGCCAACACUAAUUUGGAUGCUUUUGAGGUUCAUAUACCCACCACUAUAGGGUGGGAAGCCACCAUAGCGCAGAGGUUAGCAUGUCCGCCUAUGACGCUGAACGCGUGAGUUGGAAUCCUGCGAGACCAUCAAAAAAAUUUUCGGCGGUGGUUUUCCCCUCCUACUGCUGGCAACAUUUAUGAGGUACUAUACCAUGCAAAACUUCUCUUCAAAGAAAUGACGCUAUGCGGCACGGCGUUCGGACUCGGCUAUCAAAAGGAGGCCCCUUAUCAUUGAGCUUAAAACUUGAAUCGGACUGCACUCAUUGAGAUGUGAGAAGUUUGCCCCAGUUCUUAGUGGUAUGUUUAUGGCCAAAAUUUGCAAUUUACUAUAGGGUGGGUGGUAUACUAAUCGAGUUAUUUCGUUUAUAACACCUUGAAAUAUUGAUCUAAGAUCCCAUAAAUUAUAUAUAUUCUUGUUCGUCUCGACCUUCUGGGUCGAUCUAGCCCUGUCCAUCUGUCGAAAUCACGAUAGCGGUCGAACGCGAAAGACCUAAAACCAUUCUGGUUCAGCAAAAAAAUCCGAUUUUCUAAGGAAGAUACAAGGUUUUAUAUCAAACAGGAUAACGCAAUGGAUCUUUAAACAGAAUAAAGGUAUUACAAGCCGUAUAACGCUGAAGAUCAUUAACAUAUAGAAUAAAUAAGAUUGUUCCCAAAAUAGAAUAAACCGACACCUAGCACUUAAAUAUGAGGAAAUGACCUUGCAAGCAGAAACAGAAAUUAUUAGCAUCACGAAAUUCCGUAAGUAAAUGAAUAAGUUUGUAGAAUUGAAUGCUCUACAUUAAUCAGGCGAUACCGUUAUGAAAAGUUCUUCAUUAUCAAUAUUCUCCUGUAUAUAGACUGUUAAUUUUAAUAACAAAUGGCUGGAAUGAAGCCCUUGAUGAAAAGCAUAUUGCAUAUCAUUAAUCUGAAGCAUCGAAUGUUGGAAAAUUUUAUCCUAUCCACAGGUUGCGAAUAGUGGAAUGCUCAGUCCGGAGAAGUUGUAACUGCAGUCGCGGACAAUCAACAGUAUAGAGUGGCCAGUCUCAGUGAGAGGUCGGGUGGCGCCAGCUCUUGCACAAAUGUUGAGUGCCUACAAUGCUCGAUAUGGCAAGGCGAGUUAUUGGCGCCUUGUAUAACCAAUGGUCUCCCUGUUUCCACGGCGAUCGGUCCUUUGGACUGGAACGAGCUUGCUCACCUACAAGAGCUUGACGAGGAUCGCCACCUCCACAUGAAAAUGUGUUUACAACAACAAAAACAAAUGUUCGAAAAAUGUCAUUAAAUUGAUCAAUAUGCAUCGUUGGUGAUUCUAUAACUUUAGUGUUGCCAUUUUAUUUUAAUAAUGUAUUUGUUUCG